AUGGCUAUUCCUCAUUCUUUGAAAUUGAUCCGCCUCUUAAGAAAAGCUUGGAGCACCCUUAAACAAUCCAACGCUAGGAGAGACAAAAAUCAAAAGAAGAGAGCAAAAGCAAGUUUACCAAGUGUACUCUCCCAAAUUCACGAGCUUGAUACAAUCUAUGUCGAAACCGCGUCAGAUAUGAAGGUGGUGCAAACACUUAUCAAUGCCAAGCAACCGUGGAAGGGCACCCACAUUGUUGUGAAGACCAGGCAAGAUGCCACAACUGCAACUAUUAAACAAAAGGCCGUAGAGCUUAAGCUAGAAGUCAUUGAAAGUGGGAGGAGGGGAAGGACACUGAAAGUUCUUUGGAAUCUGGGGGAGGAGACACUAGUGGGGAGAACUCCGACUCCAACAACGACAACGCCGGAACAAGCAACUGUGGAAGGCCUUACUAGCACGAGGCAGGAAAUGGAUAACAAAGUUGCUGAGGCUCCAUCUUCCGGAACUACAAAUCCUGAUGCAUGA